AUGAAAGACGACUUGCCUGCGACCCCCCAAUCCAAGAAGCGCCUUGCGCUCGCGAUCCUCGACUUCCUCCAGACUUCACAGACAGACGGCUCCGUAGCACCAGAUGACGCUGAGCAGCUAGAAGUUGCCGCCAACUGCAUUGCCGAAGCUUUCCAGGUCGACCUCGCAGACGAAGCCGCGAAGAAGGAUGCGUUGGGUGGCCAAAACCUACUCGCCAUCUACAACGUAUACGAGAAGCUCAAGGGCAAGACGACUGCCUCAACUGAGGGAAGCUCGUCAGCAUCAGAGGCACGGCCAGCAACGCCACAGACACCAGCAAAGGAUGCUUCAGGUCCCGGCGGACCAAACAAGGAUGAGGCUGAGCGACUGAAGGGAUUGGGUAACGAGGCGAUGAAGAAGAAGGACUACGACAGUGCCAUCAAGCACUACACCGCGGCCCUCGACAUCGUCCCCUUGAACCCCAUCUACCUCUCCAACCGCGCCGCCGCCUACUCGGGCCAGAACAAGCACCAGCUCGCAAAGGAGGACGCCGAGAUGGCCGUCGCCGCGGACCCCAACUACUCCAAGGCGUGGUCGCGCCUAGGCCUGGCCAACUACGUACUCGGUGAUGCGAAGGGCGCGAUGGAGGCAUACAAGAAGGGCAUGGAUGCUGAGGGCGGCGGCUCGGAGGUCAUGCGCAAGGGAUACGAGACGGCGAAGAAGAAGGUCGAAGAAGAGGGCGGUGAUGUUGGUGCGCCAGACGCGCCACGAGGUGGCCCAGGUGGUGGUGGUAUGCCGGACCUGUCAUCGCUGGCGUCCAUGCUCGGCGGAGGAGGUGGUGGUGGUGGUGGCGGCGGCGGCAUGCCAGAUCUUGCUGGACUGAUGCAGAACCCCAUGAUGAGGCAAAUGGCGCAGAACCUCAUGAGCAACCCGGACAUGAUGUCCAACCUCAUGAACAAUCCUCAGCUCGCAAACAUGGCCAGCCAGUUCGCUGGGCGCGGGGGUGCUGGAGGUCAGGGAGGUGGCGGCGGCGGUAUGCCAGAUAUUGCCAGCCUGAUGAACGACCCGAACAUCGCCGACAUGGCACGAAACUUCAUGGGAGGCGCCGGACGUGGUGCCGGAGGAGGCGCACCACAAUAA